AUGGCCAUGACAAUGCUCAUUAUGCCGUCCACUUACCACGCGCUUCGACCGUCAGUCUCCUCGGACUAUCAUCAUUCCUCAUCCAGUGCCAGCAUCUCUAACAUGAUCUCUUCUAUUGUGCCCCAGAAGCCGGCCAACGGUAAUAAUUCUUCGAAUCGUCGGCCAUUGCCCUCGAUAUCGGAACUCAUUCAGGACACCAAGCUGGAUCCUCCUCUUCCUGGACCUCCUUCUAGCACCCAGCCCGGCUCCAAACUUUCGUCAUCUUUCGAGCCCGUUCCUCAAUCGUUCUCAAAGGCUGGGAAGCAUUCCUCACCACAGCCGCUACACCCGGCUUCGUCUUUUCCCCUCAACAAGAUGCUCUUACCUCCUUCGCAAGUUCUCAUCGGCUACCACUCACUAGCCGACCGCUACUGCCUCUCUCGGACUGCCAGGCGGGCCUUUCAGCCAAGCCGGACAUUCCUCCCCAGCAACAUCAUCCUCAACAGCAGAGGCCUCCGCGGGCUCACUAUCCCUUUAACGUGGUGUAUACGCAUCCUCAUCCGCCGCCGCCUCCUACGCGUGUUUAUCAACCUGGCCAACAACCUCCUAGUCAGAUGCGUCUGCCCGUUUCUCGGAUCUCUCCCAAGCACGCGGUUCCGCCCCAUGUCUCAAAGCCCUAUAAUCCAUGGGAACCUCCCGAUACGGAAAAGGGACUGGAGCUACCAAGAUUCUUUAAGUCAAAUCGGCUCCUGUUCCCACAAGAUUCUUAACUUCUCCGAAGUAUUUACCCGAAUCACUCAAGAGCAGCACGGAGCUCACCCCAUCCCGAGCAGACUACCGACAGAGCAGGAUAUCAGCGAUAUGCUCGGCAACAUCGAGCGCAUCAAGCGGCAUUUGGAGCAAGUAAGGAGUCUGUUGCAAGCAUCGAGCCAGAACGAGCGGGCUCGUGAAGCAGCUAAGAUGAAGAGCCCGUACGAAGAGGAUCACGAUGUGCCCAUGCACGAAGAUGCGAUGAAGCCCCAACAUGGUAUGACAGAGGCCAACACACGGUUGAGGGUAGGUUCAACCAUUUGA